CCCUUGUCCUUAACAACUCUUUGACCGCCCAGCCGCCCCGAAGCCGCGCCAGGGAGAUCACUGCAGACUUUGCAGAGUGCAGAGAACUGCUGCUUGUUGCCCCUCAAUUUGUCCCAUCAAUGCGCAUUUGUAUCUUUCCGCCGUACCUUAAUCGAUAAUCAAUUACCCCUCCACCAUCCUGCCGCCGCUUAUCGCUUGUCACCGGUCGGUCGCCUGCCGUAAUCGCAUGACCUAAAGAAACCGGAAAGGGAACAGGAACGAGAAGAACGAGAACAAGAACGACGGGAAGCGCCGGACCUCCCUCCGCCAAAACCUCAGCCGCCGCGAAAGGAACCGCCGUCAUCCCAGCUAUCCAGCGAGACACAACAUACCAACCAAAUAAUUACCAUCUUUAUCGAAUACCGCCGCAACCAUGGAGAAAGUCGCGCCCGAGUUCACCCUCGAGGCCUUUGCCGAUCCCGCCUCCGUGCGCGACGUCGUCCGCGGCAUCCUCCACACCAUCUUCUUCCUGCGCUACUUCGUCUCCCACGAGCCCAAGACGCGCGACGUGUGCGGCCUCGAGCUGGCCUACAUCCCCGACGCCGAGAUCGAGACGCUCAUCGACCAGCGGGUCGCCACGCUCGUGCGCCAGCUCGAGGUCGACCGCAACCAGUCUUCUUCGUCGCAACAUCAUUAUGGCGGUCCCGGUCCCGGAUAUAGCGGAGGCGGUGGGGGUCGCGGGCAGAUAACGGUGCAGUUCUUUGAGAAGAAGCGCAGGAAGACGUGGUAUGGUAUGGGGAGGGGCGACGACGAGGUGUGUUGGGAGAACUGGACGGUUAAGGUGACGGUUGCUGAGCCGCGGACUGAGUCAGUCCGCAACGCAAUGGAAUCCACCCUCCAAUCAACUGUCUUCAAAUGCAUCACCAUCGCCAAUACCCACAAGGACCACAUCCCGCCCAUCACCACCAACGAUUCCAACCCGUUUACCUACCAAAUCAACGUCAACCCACACCACGGCCUCCAUGCCACCUCCCAGCAACAUCUUCAAAGCGCUAGCAAGGAAGCAGCACGAAGCGAUUUUGGAAGCUCCGGCAGUGGUGGCGGUAGUGGAACUGGCGGGAGUGGACGAGGAGCAGGGAGAGGAGGAGCAGGCGGGCUAGCAGGGGCCGCGGGGGGCGCGGCAGCGGCAGUUGUUGGCUCGUGGGCCACCAGGAUGGGUAUUUACUAG